AUGAAACGACGAACUUCGUAUCUUCAGAACGAGCUGGAGCGGCUAUCGAACGAGCUCCAGCUUGUUUUUUCGGACGUGGGGUUCUCGCAUGCUGAAAAGGAGGAAAAAGAACGACUACAUUUCCAAAAACUGGUGGAAGCGCUACAGAUACGACUUUUGGAGGAAAAGAGCUACAGAGACGAGCUCAAGCAAAAAUGCGUGGACAAGCAGAUCCGGCUCAAGGUACUCAAAACAACGUCUCUGCCUGACGUGGCGGCUGGAGUCACGGCAGCAAGCGGUCUCGUUGCGGUUAUUGACGAACCGAUACUGCCCCCUUACAAGGAGCUUUUAGAACGGCUGGACCGGUCUGGGAGCAAGCUGGAGCAGGUAUUUGAGGAGCGGUGUGACAUUGUGCGACGUGUCCAGAACAAGCUCGACUACCUGGACCAGGUAAUGGGCCCCGACACUCACUCAAAUGAGGACUCUUGGAGGGUUGAUUUGGACGGAUGUGUGCCGCCCAGACUGACACUAGACGUUUUGAAGGGUGUGGAGGAUCAAUUGGAACGACGACAGGAGGAGUAUGAGUCUCGCAAGUCGCAGAUCGACUUUCUGGCCACCGAGAUCAACGAGCAUUGGAGUCUUCUGGGAGUGGAAAACAACGAGCUGGACGAAACUAUCAUUCACCAUCGAAGCGUGCCGUUGGCCCUCACAAACGCAAAGAUCACAUACCUCCAAGACACUCUCAAGGAAUUGCAACUCUUGCGUGAGGAGCGACAGAAGACAAUUGAGACAUACAAGGCCGAAGUGGAGCAUUUAUGGUCUCGUCUGGACGAGGAUGAAGGAGUUAUUGGACGGUUCCUGGGCACAGUUGCCGGUGAGACGGCUGUUGUUGUGGAAAAAUGGCACGAGGAGCUACUCAGAAUGCGUCAACAAAAACAGGCUCACUUGGAAGUGUUUAUUGCCGAAGCUCGUGAUAAUCUCAAGUCUAUCUGGGACGCCCUCUAUUACUCGGAAGAGCAAAGACAUGACUUUGUGCCAUUCUACAUGACAGAGGACUCGUCAGAGGCCCUUUUGGAGGUCCACGAGAAGGAAAUUGCUGCCAGAGAGGCCGAGCUAACCGAGAAUGAAGGUAUUCUGGAUCUCGUUAAACAACACAAACAGCUGGUUCAGGAUGCAAAGGAUCUCGAAGAGUCGUCUCGUGACCCUGCUCGUCUGAUGGGCAAGUCUCAACGUGGAGAUCCUGGUCGACUGCUGAGAGAAGAGCAGAUGAGAAAGCAGAUUGCCAGAAAGAUGCCCAGACUGCUGGUCAGUUUGAAAGAGAGCCUCAUGGAAUAUGAGGAAGAGCAGGGUAAACCAUUUCUUGUGUUUGGCAAGUCGUAUCUCCAGGUGAUGCAGCAACAGGAGGUUGCGCAAACACCUCGAAGACGUGCAGCAGCUUCUGUGGCACAAUCAGCUUCUCGGUCAGUGUCUCAAUCAGCGUCACGUGGUGGCCCCCCGUCUGUUUCUCGGUCUGUUUCCGCCACUUCUGCACCAAGAAGUGCUCAGGCGUCUCCAACAAAAACAAGAAACAUGACUCAACCUAUCACACGGUCAGCUCCUCGGCCCGGGGCUCGUCCUGUGACUGCUGGAAAUGAUACGACGAGUAUUAGGGGCAAUCUAAACUCUCUCAGAAACCCUGGACGGCCUUCUACGGUCGGUGCUUCUACUUCUAGAACCGCAGCAAGUCGUAUCCUCGGCUCUGUGCCUCGAAUGCAACCUCUACAGAACAUCUCGUCCAACCGAAUCAACAAACCCAGCACCAUUCCUGGUCCCAAGCGAAGAUCUCUUAACAAGAAACUGACCGCGGCUCAGGUGAACCACAAUCUCAUGGGAGGUCAAGAGACUCCAGUUCGAGAAUCUACGCCAAUGAAAGACAUUAGUGCUUUGCACGCCCAGAGAAAUGUUCCUGUCUGGGAACGUCUUUCUCCCAAGAAGGCGGCAGAUACUGAGCCUCGGUCUUCACCUCAGAGAUCACCUCAAAAAUCACCUCAGAGAAGUCCUGCCAAGUCUUUGAAGACUACUAAUUCUCCCAUGGUGACCAUAAAGUCCCCUGUGAAGGAGUUUGCGGUUCCUAAUCAGUACAUUGCUCCCGGAUCGGUUUCUUCUACAGUUACAAUGUCUCAGAGCCCCAAGAGAAGCCCGAAAAAGUACGGACAAUUGGACAGAUUCCACAUUGGAUGUCCGGAGGCUGAGAUACGUUCAGUCUCUGGCAGCUCCACUACGUCGACCACUUCUUCUGUGUCCGUUUUCUCGGAUUCUUGUGAUCUGCCGUCGUCAGAUGAAGAAGAUCCAGAGUACGCUGCUUUGAUGAUGCAACAACGACGUCAGAUUUCAAGAGGCCUACCGAAGAAGAGAUCUGACCAGCCUCGUCUAUCUGUUUUCAACUGGGAUAAGGAUGUCUUCUAA